GGAAGAGUUGUCAGGAAUGCAUGCUGUCAACACCAUUAGGCAGGCAUCACGUAACGUUACUGUACAUUAACGUUACCGACUUACAGACAGCUCUGUGGAGGGACGUAGAUAUUAUUUGUAUGCUAAACGAAGGGGAGAAUUAAGCUAUCGGCGAAUAACAAGACAAGCCUGUCCCGUUGGCAUUGAAGUGCACUGAUUUAAGCAAUCGCUCCUCCCUCGUGGUUUCCUAGGCUAAAUGUGGAAGGCAGCAGCUGGUCAGACCGUCACGGAGGCUGUGCAAGAUGGCGAGGAAGACUGGGAGACAGACCCUGACUUUGAGAACAAUGUUUCUGAGAAGGAGCAGCGGUGGGGAGCCAAGACUGUGGUGGGCUCGGGCCAUCAGGAGCAUAUAAAUAUCCACGAGCUCCGGCAGAACGUGUCGGCGGAGCAUGGCGUGCUGAAGCAGAAGGAGCUGGAGAGCAUGCCCAAGGCCUCCCACGGGUACGGGGGCAGGUUUGGGGUGCAGGAGGACCGCAUGGACAAGUCCGCUGUGGGCCACGAGUACCAGAGCAAACUGGCCAAGCACUGCUCCCAAACUGACACCUCAAAGGGCUUUGGGGGCAAGUUUGGAGUGCAGGCUGACCGCGUCGACCAGUCGGCCGUUGGAUUUGAGUACACGGGCAAGACGCAGAAACACUCCUCGCAGAAAGACUACGCGGCGGGGUUCGGAGGGAGGUACGGGGUGCAGGCGGACCGUGUGGACCAGAGCGCGGUGGGCUUCGAGUACCAGGGCAAAACAGAAAAACACGAGUCCCAGACAGAUUACAGUAAAGGCUUUGGGGGUAAAUAUGGAGUGGAAACAGACAAGGUGGACAAGAGCGCUGUCGGGUUUGAGUACCAGGGGAAAACAGAAAAGCAUGAGUCUCAGAAAGAUUACAGUAAAGGCUUUGGGGGUAAGUAUGGUGUGGAAACAGACAAGGUGGACAAGAGUGCUGUUGGCUUCGAGUACCUGGGGAAAACAGAGAAGCACGAGUCUCAGAAAGACUACGCCAAGGGCUUCGGAGGGAAGUUUGGCGUACAGACGGACCGGCAGGACAAGUCGGCCAUGGGCUGGGAUCACCAGGAGAAAACACAGCUCCAUGAGUCCCAGAAAGACUACUCCAAAGGGUUUGGUGGGAAGUUCGGCAUUCAGAAGGACAGAAUGGACAAGAGUGCAGGCACCUUUGAGCAGGUGGAGAAGCUAAGCUCAGCCUAUCAGAAAACAAAACCUGUAGAAGCUGCUGGCCUCAGCACAGGGAGCAUGAAGGCUCGCUUUGAGAACAUGGCGAGGGAGAACGCAGAGGAAGACCGCAGGAGAGCGGAGGAGGAGCGGACUCGCCGGCAGGCCUCCGACAGGCAGGAGCAGGAGGAGGCACGCAGGAACAUGGAGGAGGAGCAAGCUAAAGUCAAGUGUGCCUCCACAAAAGCCAGCCACCCCCUGUCCAGUGAGACCAGAAAACAGGACAUGCCCACCAGCCCUGAAUACGAGGAGAACGGCGCUGAGCUGGAGCCAUCUGACCAGAACCCUGACAUGGUCUCCUCCCAGCACCAAGAAGAAGAUCGGGUCAGCGAGGAGUACGGAGAUGACCUGGGUGUGACCGCGGUCGCUCUGUAUGACUAUCAGGCCGCUGGUGAUGAUGAGAUCUCCUUUGACCCCGACGACAUCAUCACCAACAUAGAGAUGAUUGACGAGGGCUGGUGGAGGGGGGUGUGUCGAGGGGCCUAUGGGCUCUUCCCCGCCAAUUACGUGGAGGUCAGGCAAUAAAGGCGGGCCUUGCCCUUACCAAGACUCCGCCUCCUUCUCCGCCCUGGCCUAUCCCAAUCUCACAGGAGAUUCUCCCUCUCAUUGCUCUGUUCAUGUGCUUCUCACUUCUCAAACAUCUGUAGAGUCUUCAGACCUUCAUCCUAGGGAUCCUUUCAAUCGCUUAUUUUUCCCUUUUUUUUUCUUUCACUUGCUCCUGACCCGGAAAUCGAUUGAGGUUUGCUGUCUUUAAAGACAUUCAAAGCCGUUAAAUGUUUCUUCACCCUUGCUGAAUUAUUUUUCUUGCCACUUUUCCUAGCCUCUCCUAAUGGGUGGAGUUAGGAGUAGAUAAAAGAGCAAGAAAAAAGAAGAGAGAAAAAUAAGCUCAUAGUCUUCAUUCUGCCCAUGUCUUCUUCUUCCUGGAGUUUGAAACCCUCUGUGGAAUAUCCCAAACUGCCUCCACAUUCCAAAUGUGGAACCAUGUUCCAAGGUCAGUAAGGAGAGAAAUGACUGUCACAACAUUAGUUUCAUGAUUAAAUUAAAGGCAGCAGAGACAGAGAAACAAGGUCAUAUCCUUGGGCUUUGGCCAAUAGAUCCUAAUUCCAUUACGUAAUUAUGUUGUUUCUUCGGUAAGGAAGAGGAGAUUGAGUUUUCAAAGCUGAAUUUAUGUUAUUUAUUUAUUUUUUUACAUUUGUUUAUAUGUAUGUAUGUUUUAAUUUAUAAAAACGUAUUUAUUAAACUUAUUUGGGCAUUUGAAUUCAGGCCUCCUGAAGCCUGAAGCCUGUUGUUUAGUACAAAGGUUACAUGGGUUUCAGAUGGCAAAGAAACUGAUUGGUGGACAGACUUUGAGACUGUCAUAUGAUUGGUCAAAGAGACCAGUGCUUCUGGCAACUGCACUGCUCACCCAAGUGCAUGCAAAGUUGCAGCACUUGGUACUAUUUAUUAUUUAUUUCUACCAAUGGCAAUGGCUUGAAAUUUACACGUAGUACACCUGUAUAGAAGCAUCUGCAUUCAUUAUGUUUCUCCACUCAUUCAGGGUUUUCCUUUCAUUUCUGUCUGUACCUUCUGCGUUAGCACUCAUACAGUACCUGCUAUGUUAAGGGUAUGUGUAUAAGCAGCAAUGCAUCAGCUUUGUAAAUCUUCAGUGCCAAUAACCGUGAAAUUACUGAUGUUUGCAUAAACAAAAAGUAAUAGAAAUUUUGUUGUGCUGUAUUUUUGGUGGAUCUUUGCUGUAAAAUGUCAAGAUCUUCUUCCAGAUUAUAUGAUAAAUUCGGUCUCCCAUAUGAUUAUCUGGCAUCAUUGCUGGAUGUGAUAAAAAAGAAAAUACAUAUAUACCAACCAAAAAUAUAUUACAUGGAUAUGAAACAUCACCCAAGUAUUAAAGCUUUGAGUUUUCAGGACUUUAGUGAUUCAACAUUGUAAAGAUUGCAUUGACCCUGUACUCUGAUCCAAAACAUUGCAAACAAUAUUUGUAAAAAUCCACAAUUUAUGACAGGUGUUCAAACACAAAAUGGUAAGAAUAUGCUCUGGAAGAAUCCUUUUCCUUGUCAAUGUUCAAUGUCAAUGUACUCUUGGUCAUACUGUAUCAUGCUACAGUACUUUUUUGUUGGACUGUGAUGUACUUCAUUUGUACCCAUUUUAAUCUUGACCAGCAAAUACUACUGUGAAAAAGUGAAAAAGACCCACAUUUAAAGAAAUAACUCGACAGAUUUAGGUCCCAUUAAUCUGCUGAGCUUUUUUGUUUAAAGAACAAUCUGCAAAAUAUCAUUUUUGUCAUGUCUGGAAUGCAAGUGAUACAUCUGUGUGGAUAAUCGUUUAUGGAAUUGAUAUGGAAUCAUCUUCCCAGGAAAUCUAAGAUUUCAAAACUGAACUCAAUAAACACAAUAUGACUUGUG